AACAUCGUUGUUGGACCCCCACGAGAAGGCCAACCAUCCAACCAAUGACGUAUGACGUUGCGACUCGCGCCUGUUUUACGUCACGCCCUAUUUUCAGGGACGUAUUUGCUUAUUUUUAUCGUAAACGUAAAUAAAUGGGAAGUAAAUUAAUAUGGCGCUAAUAAUACUCGCAUGGAUGUUGUUCUGCGGCGAAGCAGUAUUAGGGCAUGUUUACAAUGCGGUGGAAACGGAAAUGUUUGCAAUACCAAUCAGUCCCAAUCUGUUCAACUGGACAUAUCAAGAAUUCGAUCAGCAAUACCGCUUCCACGCGUCGCUGAUCGGCAAACCGGAGCUCCCACCGUGGCUACGCUACAUAUACAGCGGCCGACAUCACUCGGGAUUUAUUUUUGGAACACCACCAAGGAGUACCAAAUCGCCGAUCACUUUGGAAAUAAUAGGCUUGAAUAGACAAGAUUAUGAGACUCGUCGAGUACUACUGACUCUCAACGUCACCCCCAAAGAUAACAUGGCAAAACAUGAAGUGGAACUGAAGAUCGACAAUCUAAAUGUUGAGGAUUUGUUAGAUGAGCAUAGAAUGACGCGCCUUAAGGACAUUUUGAGAACGAAAUUAUGGACUGAGAGUAGCAAGGAUUUGUAUCCUACAUUUCUAGCUUCGGCUAUCGAUUUAGGGGCACGCCUACCUUUGAAACCUAGCGAUGGAGAAGGUCUCGUGGUCCGCUUGGGUAGUUCAAUGGCAUUCUCAUCUGAACUAAAACGGUUAAGGGAGGAGGUCCGUCCCCUAUCACGACUGCCGAGUUGUCCUCGUGAAUAUAAGCGAACCACUGUCGAACGCCUUUUCCGAGACGCAGGGUUGACUCUUGAUUGGUGCAGCUUCGAACUGUACAACACAAUAUACAAAGAUCGUACAACAGAACAUCUAGAGUACCUAACGGAGAUACCGAACACAUCAAAAUCGGGCAAAUCAAAGGGGCUAGAGACCGAGGCAUGGUCCGCGCCGUACAAGCAAUCGCUGCCGUCGCGCAGUUACGUGCAGCAGUUGACAGCAGCAAUUGCUGCUCCAAUGGCGUUACUGCUGCUGUCCAUUGCUGCACUCACUGCUGUGCUGUGCUUUCACUAUGCUGCCAUCCCUGAUCCACAGUCCGAUAGUUUCCUUGAGGGAAUUUAUCACAUUUGCGAAGAAUAUAAAAAACGCAGAGCCCACAAUUCUGCCAAGGUGGAACUUUGUAGAUACGGUACUGGCAACACUGACCAGACUCAAGUAGGCGACAAUACGAGCCAGAAGAGUUUGGGUCCUAGCCCAAACAACAGCCUGGCCCGGCCCUACAGCCCAAAAUCGACCACCAACUUAGCCGCCAACUACAACCGCCCACAACCACCGCCGUACAUUGGCACCAACGCUCACCACCGCAAACCGCACGACCGGACGCCAUCCACACACUCACACACACCAGAACACAACCGCCAUCUUGUUCUAGAAGAAUCCUUGAAACUGUUGAAUGAAGCUAAUAUCACCAACGAAUUCGAAAAUUUGCUUUUACAGAACAAAAUAAUCGAUCUCACCGAUGGAACCGAUGAUUAUGUGCCCAUAAAACCGGAUUCAACCGAAUAUUUGUCGAUGAAACCGGAUAAAACCGGUUAUGUCUCGAACAAUCCGGAUUUGGACGAUAUAAAUGUACCAGAACUAGCCAAAUACGGGAUUUCUGGUAUUGGGCAGAUUUGACAUGAAGUCAAUGACAGUUCCGAACCGCCUGUCAAAACUUGGUUCUGUUAGACAUUUUGUAUGUACAAAAAAAUGUCUGUUCUCUAGUCAUUUACCAAUAUUGUAUUGUAGGAGGGUAGAUUUAGACAAACAAAGGUUCAUAGUUGUAAAUGAUAAACCUUUAUCGUUAUUAACCCAUAAUCGGCUCACUGCUGAGCUCGAGUCUCCUCUCAGAAUGAGAGAGGGGUGGGAUUAAACCUUUAUAAUUUACUUAAUGACGUUGGUUAUUUAUUACAUGUUAUAAAAAAUUCAAUUCAAAUGUUAUUAUAAAUCACGACUGUAAUGUUUCUAGUCAAUUUAUCUACUAGUCAAAUAAUAAAGCAAUAAAAAUAUAAAAA